AUCUUCUUUUAUAAUCUCUCUCACUCUCAAUAUUCUUCUACUUUCUCUCUCUAAAACCUUCACUUCGCAGCUUUUUCAAUCUGCUUUCUUUGACUCUAUAAGAGUUCAAUCGUGGACGAAUCAAAACCACACGAAAUUUCAAUAAAUUUUUACCAUUUCUUCGACUUUUGAUCGCUUCACUGUGAAUUGCAUGAACAACCAUUUCUCGUUCAGUUUUUGAUGUGGAGAUUCGUGCAGUUGAACUAGUAAGGGUUUAGCAAUUGAGUAGUUUUGUUCAUCGACAUAAACAGUUUUCUAUAACAUCCUAGUUCUGUACAUACCAUGGGGUGUUUUCCUAUAUUGAAGAGAAAGAAGAAAAAGUCUGAUCAGAUUGUGUAUGUAAAACGCGUAAGCCCUGGCGAGGAUUCACCAACAGUACUACCUGAACCUCAAACUCAUACUCGCUCACUCCAGUCAGCACCUCCUAGCUUUAAGAUCAGAGUGAAACCCAUUCAACCUAGUGUUAAAGUUAGUAACAAUAGAAUACGAGCAUUGUCUGCUCCAUCGUCUCUCGAUGAAGCAGACCAAGAUGCUUUGGCCUCAAUUGAGUAUGAGGAAGAAGAGCCAAAAUAUCGAGGUGGAUCAGUGAAGGAGCAGCGUUCACCUAGUCCACAACCUUUACCGCUUCCAUCUCCUAAGGGUGGUGGUACACUGAAGACUAUGGGAAGCUUUAAGUUGGGCACAGCUAGUGUUCCCUUAUAUUCUUCUGGACCUUUGCCGCUUCCACCAACUGGGUCACUUAGAAAUUUUUCUUACGACGAGCUUGCUGCUGCUUGCCACAAUUUCUCUUCAGAUCGAUACAUGUCAGAAUCUCUUUCAUCCACCAUCUAUAAAGCUUCCUUUGGUGAUGAUGCUUCAAGUUCAAAAAAGUUUGAAGCCACGGUCACACGCCUUCGCCCAUCAAAUCAGGGCUUGAAGGAAUUCAUAAAUGAGGUUAAUACUCUUUCAUCUUUGCGGCAUCCAAACCUCUGUAGAGUGCUAGGAUUUCACGCCCGUGAUGGUUCGGAACAUAGAAUGUUGGUUUAUGAGAAGCUACACCAUGGAAGCUUGGACCGCCUAUUGUAUGGGAGAUCUGAUGGACCAUCAAUUGAUUGGAAUACAAGAAUGAAAAUUGCAAUAUGUGCUGCACUAGGUCUAUCUUUCUUGCACGAAGAAGGGCCUUUUCAGGCAAUGUAUAAUGAAUUCUCAACAGCCAACAUACAGAUUGACAAAGAUUUCAGUGCAAAGCUUUCAGGGUAUGGCUGUGUUGGACAUGUCCCCAAGGAAGAGAUUUCAAGCAGUUCAUCUGCCGUUGGAAACCUAUCCAUGGAAACACUGGAGAAAGGAUUGCUCACUCCAAAGAGCAACGUAUGGAGUUUUGGAAUUUUUCUUCUAGAGCUACUUACGGGAAGAAAGAAUCUCGAUAGCCGUCACCCUAAGGAAGAGAGGAAUUUGGUGAAGUGGAGCAGGCCUUUCCUAUCAGAUAAUCACCGUUUGUCAAUGAUCAUGGAUCCUCAACUCAAAGGUCGAUUUCCUUCUAAAGCGGCAAGAACAAUAGCUAACAUUGCACAAAGAUGCCUUCAAAUGGAGCCAUCAGAAAGACCAACUAUGGGAACCGUUGUUGAAAAUCUAAAAAAGAUACAGGAUUUGAAGCAUUCUUCUAGAUUCCCAUUGCAAGAACCAGCACAAACCUCUACAAAACAAAUGUCAAGAUCACCAAGUCUCGAUGCUAUAAUCCACCCUGCAUCACGGUCGAGUUUCUCUCCUUCACCAUCAGCCAGAGCCCUGGUAUCUGUUUCGCCUCCAAGAUGGUCGGGAGUGCCGAUUCAACUUCCGCCUCACGCAUUUUCUUCUACCCUAUAUUUAGAGGAGCUUGAUAGGCAAGAAAGCCGCAAGUCAUUAACCUCAGCCUCUAGGAAGGCUAGUGUUGAAGGAUUUUGAUUGUCUAUAAUUUUCAUUUUUUAUUUAUUAUUCUUUUUCUGGGUGUAGCUCAACAAAGAUUUAUAGGAGUUAAAGAUUUGUAAUCAUCCCUCAGUGUGAUGCAGAGAGGAUGCUCUUUUGUACAUAGUGCAAAGGUUGGUCCCCUCGGUUCAAUUAGUUACUCCAUUUUUAUAAAAUUUUAUACAAUCUUUAGCA